AAACGCUCUGAUUAUUAUUAUUUUCUUUACGUUUUGAUCAGUCAAGAAACGUAUAUUAUAACCAUCAGAUUUUAUAGACAACUGUAAAAGAUACGUUUUAGUAGUAUGAUUUUAUUAUUCUACAUAUAUAAUUGUUUGGGUUGGAAGCAUUCCUUUGUGAAAGGGAAGAGUCGGAAUAUUGUUUCAACAGUUUGGAAAGCUGAGAAAUGAAGAGCGAAAUCAGAAGAAGAUAAAGAGAUAUAUAGGCAGCCCCACCCUGAGAGAAAAUAAAAUUUCAAUUAUACUACCCAUCCUCCUACGUAUACGUACAGGAGAAAUUAGAGCUUUACUAGAUAGAGUAGGUUUUGGUGGAGAAAAAAUCCGAUCAAGGGUAGUUUCAAUCUCUGUCAAGUGGUGGUAUUAUUAUGGUAUUGUUACACGCAAGAAAAGGAGGAUCAGGAGGAGGGGGAGGGGGAGGAUCCAAAGAAGAAGAAGAAGAAUUGGUGUUGGGGGGAAGAGCGAAGAAGGGAAUGCGAUUGGGGAAAUACGAGUUGGGAAGAAUACUGGGAGAAGGCAACUUUGGGAAAGUCAAGUACGCCAGAAACCUGGAAUCGGGUCAACCUUUCGCCAUCAAGAUAUUGGAGAAGAACAGAAUUCUCGACCUCAAGAUCACCGAUCAGAUAAAGAGGGAGAUUGGCACCUUAAAACUGCUCAAACAUCCAAACGUUGUCAGACUGUAUGAGGUCCUAGCGAGCAAGGCAAAAAUAUAUAUGGUCCUUGAGUACGUGAAUGGUGGUGAACUGUUUGAGAGAAUUGCAUCCAAAGGAAAAUUCACAGAAGCUAAAGGCAGGAAGCUUUUUCAACAGUUAAUUGAUGGCGUUAGUUACUGUCACAACAAAGGCGUUUUUCACAGAGAUCUCAAACUCGAAAACGUGUUGAUUGAUGCAAGUGGAAGCAUUAAGAUAACAGAUUUCGGCCUCAGUGCAUUGCCUCAACAUCUCAGGGAUGAUGGGUUGUUGCAUACGACUUGUGGAAGUCCAAACUAUGUUGCCCCUGAAAUUCUUUCUAACAAAGGUUAUGAUGGUGCAAGCUCGGACACAUGGUCAUGUGGUGUUAUAUUAUACGUAAUUCUCACAGGAUACCUUCCCUUUGAUGACCGAAAUCUGGCAGUACUUUAUCAGAAGAUUUUCAAGGGAGAGGCUCAGAUACCAAAGUGGUUAUCUCCAGGAGCCAAAAACCUAAUAAAGAGGAUUCUAGAUCCCAACCCUCACACACGGAUAACCUUAGGGGAGAUAAAAGAGAAUGACUGGUUCAAACAAGACUAUACUCCUUUGGAUCCCAUGGAAGAAGAAGAAGAAGAAAAUGUUUGCAUUGAUGAUGAAGUAUCAUCUAUAAAUGACACCCCGUCAGAUGCAGAAAAGGAUCCAGACUCGCAUACCCUAAUCAAUGCCUUUCAGCUCAUUGGAAUGUCCUCCUGUCUGGAUCUUUCUGGCUUCUUCGAGAAAGAGGAUGUUUCUGAGAGGAAAAUAAGAUUUACGUCGCAUCAUUCUCCAAAAGAAUUGCUGGAGAGGAUUGAAAAUACAGUUAUCCAGAUGGGAUUUCAUGUCCAGAAGAAAAACGGGAAGUUGAAAGUCGUGCAAGAGCGCAAAGGUCAAAAAGCCCCAGGAUGUCUCUCAGUUGCUGCAGAAGUUUUUGAGAUAAGUCCAUCCUUGUAUGUGGUUGAGCUGCAAAAAGCAUACGGUGAUCCUUUAGUGUACAGACAGUUAUGCAACAAACUAUCUAAUGAAUUGGGUGUAUCACGGAGCGAAGAGCAGCUCGAAGCAGCUGAUUUAUAGAAGCUCCGCAUUCUGAGCGAGAGAGCAAUCUUGAGCCAAGGAGAUACAGCAAAGUUAAAGUAGCUUAUGUAAUUAGUCCAAAAUUAAUAGAACGUGAAUGAAACAAAGAACCAAGAAAGAGAAAGGGAAAGCACUUUCUCGAUUUCUAUAUAUAUUCAACUAGUCGUUUCACUUGCUUGCAAAUCUAUCUAUCAGGAGAUGGAAAGUGCACGAUAGUUUAGGUUUGUAAGUGUGGUAUCUUAGGUUGUGGAAAGUGUAGUGGUACAUGCUCUUUCCUUCAUGCUGGAGAACAAUGUCUUUAUUCAUAAUAUUAUAGUAUAUAUGUACAAAGCCUUCUUUUUGUCUCUCUUAAA